AUGUCGCGGAAGAAAGCGGCUCGGAGCAAGGGCGGCGGCGCCGCGCCCUCGGCCGCGCUGCCCCCCGCCGCCCAGGGGCCCGGCCGCGCCGCCGCCGCCGCCCCCCCCCGGAGCCCCGCGCCCGCCCCCGAGCUGCCCCGCAACGGCGGCGCGGCGCCCGGGCGGCCCUCGCUGAGCAGCAGCGGCGAGUUCUACGACCUCGCCUUCAAGGUUAUGCUGGUGGGCGACUCGGGGGUCGGCAAAACCUGCUUGCUGGUGCGCUUCAAAGACGGCGCCUUCCUGGCGGGCAGCUUCAUUUCCACCGUUGGGAUCGACUUCAGGAAUAAGGUGCUGACGGUGGAUGGGGUGAAGGUGAAGCUGCAGAUCUGGGACACGGCGGGGCAGGAGCGCUUCCGCAGCGUCACGCACGCCUACUACCGGGACGCCCACGCCCUGCUCCUGCUCUACGAUGUCACCAACAAAGCGUCCUUCGACAACAUCCAGGCUUGGCUGACAGAGAUUCAUGAAUACGCGCAGCAGGACGUGGUCCUCAUGCUACUGGGAAACAAGGUGGAUUCAGCCCAGGACAGAGUGGUGAAAAGGGAAGACGGAGAAAAAUUAGCCAAGGAGUACGGCGUGCCCUUCAUGGAGACCAGCGCAAAAAGCGGCCUAAACGUCGAAUUAGCGUUCACAGCCAUCGCAAAGGAACUGAAGCACAGGUCCAUGAAGCUGCCCAACGAGCCCAAAUUCAAGCUCCACGACUACGUGAAGAAGGAAGUGAGGGGCUCGGGCUGCUGCCGGUCCUAAUGCGCUCGGUGCAUUUGUACAGAGACUCAUGCCACGUGUUUGUGCGCCGCGCUCUCUCCUCGUGGACAGUGUGUGCAUGUCUGUCUUGUGUCUGUAUCUGCGUAAAAGGUGAGCUGAGACCUGUGGGGUGAAAGCAGCAGCAGGAAAAGCUCUUUGGGCCGGCGCCGAGGCCGGCCGUGCUGCACCACGUGCCAGGCACGCUCCCCAGACCCCACAGCACCCACCCACACCACGGGUCCCCAGAGGGAAAUGCCUUUCCCUGGCCGGGCUGCUCUGCUCCUGCCCGGCUCGGAGCCGCUCUGCCCGGUGCAGGCAGGAGGGGAUGCGGGGAAGGAGCUUGGUCGGUGCGGCCACGGCUCCCUCCAGGUUCCUCCACCGGUUCAGCAGCGACGGCGCUCAGCCAGGAGCACCCUGGGGUUGCUUUAAUGCGAGGAGGAAUGAUGGGGCCUAGGGGAGCGAGUGCCUGCUCCCCACCAAAAUCUGGGUAGGAAAAAAUCCUGAAUUCACUUUUGCCACAUACCCGGAAUUCAGCUGAUCAGAUCCUUGGCCUGGGGCACACAGGAAAGCUUUGUUUUCAAGGCAACCGUUUUUUAGCUGCUUAUUUAUGUCCGUCAGUCCUUCCCGUGUUGUAACAUAGCUCCUCGAUGAAGAUUUCUCCUCUUCCCCGCAGAAGACAAGAGCUUAGAUGUCUGUUUGAGUAAGCUCCCGCAAACAUCUGUUGUACAGAGGUUUCCUGACUGUUUAUCUGUUCGGUGAAGGCUUUGGUUCUCUCACUACAGCCAUUUCUUGUACUUUAACGAGAAGAAAGCUAAUGUACUGCAGCUUAUUCCUGAUCCCUUCAUGUAAGCCCGAUAGCUUUUUUAGACUGCAACAGUGCUUUGCUCCGAAGUUCUCUUGGGACAGCUCGCUCUUCUGAAGGAAGAAAGCCGAGGAGGCUGCUGUAGGCAUUGACCGUGCAGGUUUGAGACUUCUGCCA